UAAUGGCGGAUGCUUUGAGCCCUAAUCCGUCAACCGCGACGAGGCAGAGGGCACUCAUGGCUUCUCGUGUCCAAUCUCCGAUCAGUCCGUUAUUUUUGGGCUCCAACGACGAUCAACUAGAACGUGCCCAGGCUCGGGCAGCACGUGCUGCCGCUAUCCGCCGUAAGGCCAUUGCUGCUACUGAACCUCCACCUUCCGAUCCUUGCCUCUGUAAGGAGCAGAUUAUUGAGUUGUUCCAGAAUUGUGUUAAGCUGUCAAGCGAAAAUAAAAUCAAUCAGAAAAACACGUGGGAACUGAACCUCAUAGAUCAUCUUAGUGAGAUUAUUAAAGUUGAAGCACAAGAUGAUGUCGAGACUAAUUUUCAAAAGGCAAGCUGCACACUGGAAGCUGGGGUGAAAAUUUAUUCAUUGAGGGUGGAUUCAAUGCAUUCGGAAGCAUAUAAGGUCCUUGGUGGAAUUAAUCGAGCAGGUCGAGAAGAUGAACACCAAGCAAUUUUGGAGGCUGAUAAUGGUGGUGUUGAACAAGAUGAGGGCUGUUCUAAGAAAGAAGAGAGGAAGAUGUCGCCUUUAGCAACAUUGGAGUCAUCUUUUGAGGCUCUUAAUGUGAAAAAGCUUGAUGUUGCAUUUGCAGUGGAUCCUCUGUAUCAUCAAACAUGUGCACAAUUUGACGAAGGUGGAGCCAAGGGUCUUCUAUUGAAUAAUCUGGGAGUAUAUGGUGGCUGUCGGGUACUUUUUGAUUCACUGGAAGCACCAGGGAAGUGUAAGCCAAAUGAAACUCGAAAUGAUAUCUUGGAUACGGUUGAUAUUUCAUUCGUAAGAGAAGACAUUGAGAAGAUGGUUGUCAACAUGUGCAGAGAGGAUCACAUUUCGCCAACUCUGAGAGAUAUUAUCGUUCUGUUUGACGAAGCCAAUCAAAGGAAAUCAAUUUCAUUUUCUCUUGGCCCAAAAAUUGCUGAGCAUGUUGUUGCAGCUGUUGAUGACCGAGUUGAGUUCAACGGUGAUGCAUUUGAGACUUGUAACACUUGGGUUUCUGAUCAUGAUGACAAUGCAAGUGUCAUUGAUGAGACAGAUCCUAGUUUUCCAACUCACCAUGUGGAAAAUGAUCCCUACACAUUUGAUGAACCUGAUGUAGAUGACAGUUUUGAGAAGGUUGCUAAUUUUUUGUAUUUAGGAUUGGGUUUGAUUACGAAACAGAAUGCUUGGGCUGGUCCAGACCAUUGGAAGUAUCGGAAGGCUAAAGAUGAGCCAGUGCAGCAAAGCUCUGAUUUUGGACCCUUUCCAUCAUGGGACAAUGACAGUGUGUUUAAUGGCCAAUUCGAUGAUGGAAAUGCUCACAGUGAUUUGGAAGACUCAAGCACCCUUAUCUCUCAGCCACUCCAGGUGAACAAAAUUGAAGUCCAGUAUGAUAAAACCUCCAAGCAAGUUGAUGUUCAUGCAUUAAAAGAAACACUCUGGAGCCACAUAAGAGAAUCCGUACAGAUGCCUGAAAUUGAUGCCAAAACCCAGGUAUCCUUCAGGCAAGUAUUGGGUAGCUUUCCUGCUGAGUGCCAAGCUGCAGCUUGUAAGGAUAUCUCCCCCCAUUUGUGUUUUAUAUGUCUCUUGCAUCUAGCUAAUGAGCAGGGCUUGACAAUCCAUGAUUGUCCCAGUUUGGAUGACCUACAUGUAUUCUUUCCUCAUGCUGAAGUGCAUGUGGCAUGAUUUAUGCGUAACCAAAUCUGUUG